AUGGAGCUAUCAAUGCCCCCACCUCAGAUCUACGUAGAAAAGACUCUGGCUAUUAUCAAACCAGAUAUUGUUGACAAAGAGGAGGAGAUACAAGAUAUUAUUCUCAGAUCUGGAUUCACCAUUGUUCAGAGAAGAAAACUACAUCUCAGCCCUGAGCACUGUAGUAACUUUUAUGUGGAACAAUAUGGGAAAAUGUUUUUCCCCAAUUUAACAGCUUACAUGAGUUCUGGACCACUUGUUGCCAUGAUAUUAGCUAGAUAUAAUGCCAUCUCUUACUGGAAAGAACUCUUGGGACCAAGUAAUAGCUUAGUAGCUAAGGAGACACACCCAGACAGUCUGAGGGCGAUUUAUGGCACAGAUGAACUAAGAAAUGCACUUCAUGGAAGUAAUGAUUUUGCUGCAGCAGAAAGAGAAAUUCGAUUCAUGUUUCCUGCAGUGAUUGUUGAGCCCAUUCCAGUUGGACAAGCUGCUAAGGACUAUUUAAAUUUGUAUGUAACGCCAACUCUGCUUAAAGGACUCACAGAACUUUGUAAGCAAAAACCAGCAGAUCCUUUUAUUUGGCUAGCUGAUUGGCUGCUGAAAAAUAAUCCCAACAAACCUAAACUGUGUCAUCAUCCAGUUGCAGAAUAA